CGUUCGAUCGGUGUUUUAAGAAGCGUUCUAUAAUCUGAUCUUUUGGUUUUCUGCAGGAAAACUGCUGAAGUUUCUUCUUCUUAUAGCAGUUUUCAGGGUAUUGAUCCCCACAGCGUCUUUUCUGCUUUAUUGGAGUUUUCACCAAUACGCGACUCGGUUGCAUUUCUUGGAUCUGUCUAGGAUGUAUAUUGGUUCCCAUUUAAGCUGGACGGGUUUAAUAUCUUGUGUUGCCAUUUUUCACACUCACGGAACAAUUUACAAAGUGGAAGUGUAUAUUAGGUGGACUUAAUUAUUCACUAAAUAAUAUGCAUUCGCGUACAGAUUUAUGAAUUGUCAGGUGCAAAUUGGCGCGUACUUCACACGUGAAUUAUUUGUGACGUCAUGACAGAUUGAUCACCUUCAGAUACUGAAUAAGUAUAACAGGACAAGUCACAAUGUUUCAUUUUCUAAAGAGACAUAAGGAUGAAAAGAUGCCGACACACUCGGACCCAGGUUCUCCAUUAACUAAACCACUUAGUGCCAUAGCGGUGCCCGGGAUGUACCUGUUUUAUAAAUACAGUGAAUUUAAAAGACAACAACAGGAAGUACAUAGGAAAAAAGUUACAGAGAAGGAAUUAGAUCAUCUUAAUCAUAAAAUAGAUAAAUUGCUAGCGAAAAUCGACGACAAAGACACAGAACAGACUGUGACGUCACCAACGAAGACACCAGUGAAGUCAACAGUAACCACUGAAGACGAAGAGUGUGUGAUAUGCAUGAGUGCUAAAGCAACCAUGCAGACAUUUCCAUGUGGCCAUAAAGUCAUCUGCAGAAAGUGCUUCAUUAAAACUAUACAGGUUGCAGUCUCACAACGAUGCUUGCCUCUCAAGUGUGUAAUUUGUAGGACUCGUAUAUUGAAAUUAAGACAGUCGUCCACAGUGAAAAUGCCGUCAGCAAAAAUCCAGAGAUCAAAGACACCAUCAGCAUAUUCACGUUUUACCAAACAGUCAAAAGUGUAUGCAAAGUGAUAAGUCACUUAAAACAUAAAUAUUAUAUUUUCUAGACGUGUGUAUCGACGUGCUAACGCGCUUAAACUUGGUGUAGCGAAAAGUACCUAUUUAGAUAUGUUCUUGAGAUUUCUAGAUAAUGAAGACAUUCCAGAAGACAGUUUCUGGACAGAACCAACAAAGAUAUCAACAAACGAAAUAAACUAAAGGAAUGUUGAUCAUAGUUCCAAUAUGAUAUAAUUUUUGACGUAAUAGGUACUUUUGUGCUUGAUAUCAGUAUAUUGUAGUUACAAAAUGUAUAUAAAGCCAAUACGUGUGGUGUGUAAACUAUACUAAAUUGAAUUUAGCAAGUGCUUGCUUAAAUAUUUAGAUAUUCUUUUUUUCAAAGCUUUCAAAUCAAAAUGCAACAAGAGUAUCAAAAUACCUGUUUCAAAAACAGAUCUGUGUUUUGUAAACUAUAUUCUGCAACAGAUACGCUAAGUAUACUGUGUUAUAAUGACGUCGUAUAUGAAUAUGUUGUAUUUAUGAUGAGAAAAUUCAUCUCAAUGACGUAUAAUUAUAUAGCCGUUUUAAGGCAAAUUUGCAAGCGGCGUAUCAAAGAAAAAUAUAUCUAGUGUAGACGUAUUUGAGAAACUGUGACUUAUCAUUUACAUAAACAUUUAUUUUCACACGAAAAAUAGAUUUCUUUGUCGCAAUAUUGGAAGACAUCUUUAGCCUGUUAAAUGACUUUCAUUACUGAUUGUCUAAGAUAAUGAUUUUUCAGUAAUAAGAAUUCGUAAUAACAUUUCAUGCUAAAUUCCAUCGUUCGCAUUAUAGCGCAUCGUGUGACUGUUAUUCAAAAAAGUUUAGAAUGAUUUAUAAGCUGCACCCUAAUGUCUACGCAAGGAUGCCAAGGAAACGAUAUUAAUGACGCGAUACGUUCUUAUUAAUUCGAUAACCCUGUAAGAAAUAAAGAACGUAAGUUAAAGAGCACCACUACAUUCAUUGAUCAAAGUGCUAGUAAAUACCUUCGAUCAUUUAAACCCACAGUCAUAAAAGUAAAGUUUACAGAAUGGCAUAGAGUUUUGUUUAAAAGUUCUAACGUCUUGCCUAGUGUGGCUUUCGUUUCAUAUACAUUUUUGACAUACCCAGGCUUGAUAUAAUAGAACGUUGAUCAUUGUUAAGACCAUUUGACCACCGAUGCAUAAAUAUAUAAAAGUGUCAUGUGUAUUAGAAUAUGAUAAUAGUAUUAACAAAAUUUUAGUUCCUUCGUUAACUUCCUUAAUAUAGUAGUACAUAAUCUAAGGAAACUAUUUAAUUCUAAUUUGAAAUACAGCCUGCAGACUAUCUGUCACAGAGCUUGAUAAAGUAAGAAAGUGACUUCGCACUCUAAAAUUGUGGCAUUCUAAAAUGUGUCAUUUUUAUUUCCUGCAAUAUUUAAACUGGAUUUUUUAUAUUGCAAUGUUGUCUGAAAUAUAUAUCAAAGUGUUUUAUGCUGCUCAGCCUAAACAAUGUAUUCUUCCACAAGAGUAACUUUACAAAUACUGUGUAAUUUUUAAAAGUUCAGUAUUGAAACGGUGUUAUGUCUACGAUUUUAGAAAGUGUAAAUUAUAAACAAAGCAUAUGAUCUUUGAUGGGUUAAACAAGACAUAUCAACAAACUGGCUUGAUUUCUUGUACAUAAACUCAUUAUCUUAUUGCGUUGAAUUUGAUAUAUGUUAGCAAUUAAUAAUGUAGUUGAAAUGCUAAUUCAGAAUGCCAAAAUGUGUUUAUAGAAUAUUUAUUGAAAAUUUAGAUGUUUUAUUUUUAGGCCUUAGUGACAUACAUGCAAAUAUUACAUUACAUUUAUGCGAAUACAAGAUCAUUUAUUACUUAUACAUGUCAGCACAGUUCAAUAUAAUUGUAAAGCAACUUCUUAAUAGUUUGUAUGACAAAUGAAUGCGCGGUAUACUGCUUUACAGUUUAAACUAUUGUACCAUUCGAAAAUGUCAAGGUACAUAUUAUAUGUCUUGGGCGGGAAACAAAUUUGUUAAGUAAUAGCGUGAUAUUAUGCUUUUUGUCUGAUAAACAAUCUGUGAAGGAAUUGCAGGAAAUCCAUUAAUUACGUGUCAAGAAAGGUCAUAUUCUAGAUACACAAUCUAAAAUAGCUAUAAAAAGAGGGUUGAUUCAGAAGUACUGUCUCUGGAGCCAUAAAACAGGGGUACUAAAGAAAAAAAGAAACAAUAAGUAUUCCUACCCUAGUAUCUUGGUACCUUUGGCAAUGUUGUCUGUAAAUCUCAUAAAAAUAUUGCUUACAAUAUAGAGUUAUCAGAAUACAUAGAUAAAACACCAAAUGUCACUAUCUAAUUAAGGUCUAAAAUCAGUUUUUGUCACUAAGUAAUUACAUGCCUCAGUAUUACAUAGAGAACUUUAUGAUGCGAGCAUACCAGUAUUAUUUUCACAGAUGACAGCUGAAAGACCAUUUUAAUGUUUACAUGAUGUGGUGUGUUAUUUUAUUGUCGAGUAGGUUGUUGUUCUGUUAUGAAAGAAAAACACCUACCUCUGUGUGCAGUUAAAUGUCAAAAGAGUUUGCAAUGUAUCUAAAAAAAACCCCUAAAAAUACCGGUGUUAGUCUACGCCUUUGUUUCAAUUUUAUGGAUACAGUAAUAUGGCUUCUAGAUGAACCCUCUUAUUUGGUACAAAGUAAGGAUAAACGUCUAGCGACACGUGUGGUACGUGUUUAAAUUUUCAAACUACAUUGUUUGUAGAUAUAUUAAAUUGCUUUAUAUUUAAUUUCUUCGGAAGAAAAUAUCGUGAGCUCACGAUUUAUCUUUCUUUGAUAAUUAUAUCAAUGUGAAGACAUUUAACAACGUACAAAGCUUUAAAUACUGGACUGAAACAAAAAUGAUGUUGAAACAGCUGGUCUAUAUGUCAAAAUAUAUUGUAAAAUGAUAUGUAAACAACGCUAUGC